AUGUUAUUCUUGCAGACUAAGAAACAUAUUCUUGAGCAUAUACACUAUUAUAUACAGUAUUUUCCAAAGCAAGAUUUACGUAGGGAUAAUAUUAUUAUGGAAAUGCCACAUUGUGCAGUAGAUUCAUCUCCUGAAUAUAUGCAUAGACAUAGUAAAGUAUCAUCAAUAUACACGAAAACAAGUAAUAGAAAGCGACCGAAUAGUAUGUAUUCAUUUGAUUCUCAAGAAUAUCUUGCCGGUCUCAUCAAGAGUGAGUGUAGAAAUUCUGACGAAAGUCCCGAUACAUCAGAACUGUACUUUGGUAGUCAUUUUCAACGGUUACACCACGAUAAUAUGUCAACACAACACGCAACUAAUGUCAUCGACGCUCAGUUCGAAGAUUUCUAUCUACAAUUUGGUGUAAAUAAAAGUUCUUCAUCAUCCAUAUACGAAGAUAAACCCAGUUAUUUCUUUUCUACUUUUGCUUACUCGCCCGAAAAGUCUUUUAUCGAAUCGAAACUUAAUCUAACCGCAGUGCAUGAACAAAUAACAAAAGAAAACCCAUCAACACGACAAAAUCAGACUACUAAUAAAGAUCAAAUUGUUUAUGAAACAAUCGAUAUUGAAGAACUGCAACAGCCUGAAGAAGUAUUCCUUCGACAAAUGGAGUUAUUAGAUUCAGAGAUGUGUGAUAAUGAUGAACACAACAAUAAAAAGUGUCAAUAUUUGCAAGAUAAUUCAACACCAGUGCAUUACCGACAACAUCAUUUAAAAACUCCAGUUGAUUCCUAUGAUCUCUCAUCACGAUCAACAAAACAAACAGUUUUAAAAUAUGGUAGAGCAAGGCAUUGUCGCAUAUGCAACGAUUAUGCAAAUGGUGUGCAUUAUGGCCUUCUAGCAUGUACAGGAUGUAAAGGAUUUUUUAAACGUACCGUCCGAAAUAACCGAAAAUAUUAUUGUACUUCAAAUGGAAACUGUGUUAUCGAUAAAAUACAACGUAAUCGUUGUAGAUAUUGUAGAUUUCAAAAAUGUUUAAAAAAUGGCAUGAUGGUUAAUGCCCUGCGAUUAAAUCGUGCAUCUGGUGGAAGAAUACCAGAAAUCCGGUCACGCCUCCUCUGGUGUGAAAGUAAUCAACCCCAUCCUCAAACUCUAACUCCUUCACACACUGGUUCGACAAUGGGGGGUUUUGAAGAUGCUAGAAUGACAACUUCUGAUUUAAAAUCAACAAUAGUAGACAAACUGAAUUUAUCAUUAUCAUUAACAUCCAUGUUCAAGUGGGAAAAAUAUCGUUUUGAUCAAAUGUCAAUCGACGAUAUUAUGCGUGACUUAUUAAAACAAUUAUCAGAUAGUAACCACAGUGAACAUUUACCACCAUUAAUUAAAAAAACAUGCAAUUCAAGGACGACAUUCGUAAGAGACAUUCGUUAUCACGCGCCACUUCUCAUAAUUCAUAGAGCUUGGAUGUAUUUGGAAAAUGUUGUUCAUGAUUGA